GUUUUUGUUUUAUUCUAUUUGCCAUCAAUUCGCAAACAACCAUACAUUUGUAUGAAUUAAAACCAAUUAAUCGCUACUAGCGAAUCUAAUUGAAACUGAUGCAAUAUUUUGUCUCUUGAAAUAAUUGCACUUGACAACAUUGACUUACUGCUAUAACAUAAAUUAUAAAUGAAACAUUGCUUGUUUACAUCCUACUUGUUUACUAGGGAAGGCUAAAAAUGCAUAAAAUUCUUGAAUUUCAAGCUGUUGUGUUAGCAGCAGGUAGAGGGUCUCGACUGCCAGACGUAGGUGGUUCUGUAUCGAAAUGUCUACUACCAGUUGGGCCUUAUCCAGUUCUGUGGUACUCUCUGAAUAUGCUACAGAAACUUGGAUUGCAAGAAACUAUGGUUGUUGUGCUUGAUGAAGAUAAGUCAAAUAUAUUGAGUGCAUUGGAAAAAUGUCCUUUAAAAAUUAAAUAUGAAUUGAUAGUAAUACCUUCUGAAGAGGACUGGGGCACUGUCAACUCACUCAAACACAUCAGCAAUUUUGUCAGCACUGACUUCUUGGUUGUAUCUGGAGAUUUAAUAACUAGUAUAAACCUCAAUGAAGUACUAAAUCUGCACAGAAAACAUGAUGCAGCACUAACUACCUUAUUCUUCGAUAACGGUCCUGAAGAGUGGAUUGAACUCCCUGGAAUCAAAAGUAAAGUUAAACCUGAUAGGGACUUGGUCUGUAUUGAUAAAGAAACACAAAGAUUGGUAUUCUUGGCCAGUGCCAGUGAUUUUGAAGAAAAUGUUACAAUACCUAGAUUACUAUUGAAAAAGUUUGAUUCAAUAAGUAUGUAUAGUAGAUUACUAGAUGCCCAUGUAUAUGUUAUGAAACACUGGGUGUUGAAAUAUCUUGUGGAGUCUGAUAAGUUUACUUCUGUAAAAGGUGAACUAGUACCGCACAUAAUUAAGAAACAGCUGUCUAAGCCUAAAACUGCUGAUGAAAAAAAGGGAAUGUCGGAAAAAAAUGCUGAUAUUACAAAUAAUAUUUUCGAUUUUGCAAUAGAAAAUGGUUAUGAAAGUAAAAUAAGAGAAAUGAGUUCCUACAGUGAACAACUUUGUAGUAGUUCUAAUUAUAAUGAUAUUAUUAGAUGCUAUGCACAUAUAUCAGAUAAAAAUACAUUUGGUAUCAGAGUUAAUACACUAUCAUCAUUUUAUCUUUCAAAUAACAAAAUACUCUCUAAAUGGGAGGAAUUAGUUGGGUCUCCUCUUGUUGAUCGAUUUCAUCCAGAUAGUGAUGUGAAGACAAAACAAAUAGAUGAAAAUAGUACAGUGGGAUACAAGAGUAUUAUUAGUGAAAAAACUUCAAUCAAAAAUACUUUCAUAGGUGCCAAUUGCAAUAUUGAAAACAAAGUCAGAUUAACCAAUUGUAUAUUGAUGAACAAUGUCACAAUCAAAGAAGGUUGUACGCUGCAAGACUGCAUCGUAUACACGGGUGCUACUGUAGAGAACGGAUGCUCACUUCAAUACAGCCUGGUGGGACCACACCAUGUCCUCCCGGCUACCACCACAAGCAACCAUCAGCUCCAUGCGGAGACAACUGACAACAUGAUCACUCUCGGAUAGAAUUAUUUAUGUAUGUGAAAGUUUAAGUAAUAUAUAUUUUUCCAAUCGAA